AUGCGUCCGCCGUUCGUCCGGUGGAUCCCCUAUUCGACGGUUGUGCCCGACCGCCUAGGCGCGCUCCCGGACGCGGUACUCCAGCACGUGCUCUCGUUCCUGCCGUCGCGCGACGCCGUGCGCACCUGCCUGCUCGCCCGCCGCUGGCGCCACCAGUGGAAGUCCGUGCCGGCCCUGCGGAUCACCGGCGUCGACUCCUUCGAGAGCUGCCGCGACCUCAACGACUUCGUCAACCAUCUCAUCAUCCUCCGCGACCGGACGCGUCUCCAUGCGUGCGAGAUCGAGGCCUACUCGGAGUACGACGGCCGCGGCAACUAUUCCGCCGACGACGGAAGCGAGCGGUCCCGGUACACCGAUCUGUGGACCCGGUACGCCUUGUCGUGCCAGGCUCGGCUGCUUCGGCUCGGCGACCGUGACCCCGCUAAUCGCAUUGCCGAACACGAGUGGGUUCAGCUUAGCACUUCCAUCGCCUCUCCGCAUCUUACGACGCUGGAGCUCGAUGGCGUGCUGCUCUCGAUCCCUUCCGAUCUGGAUUUCUCGGCCUGCACAAACCUGCAGACAAUAAAGAUGAACCGCUGCACCUUCCAAAAUACAACCGACUACGGUCCUGUCAACAUAUCGUCAACAUCUAUGCGAUAUCUGAGCAUCACCGACUACUCUUUUAUGAAACAUGCUCUCGUUUCUGGCCCGAGCCUCGUCUACCUGGAGCUGGCAGACGGCCAUCAGUUUGUUCCUGAGUUUGGGAGCAUGCCGUCGUUGCGAACAGCAUCUAUUAAGCUUGAUCACAGUUUCGAUAGGGACGGCGAGGAUGGUUCCUGGCUUCUUGGACGCCUGUCAGAUAUCACUAAUCUAGCGCUCAUUGCCGAGCCUCAAAUGUUUCCUGUUUUCAGGAAAGAUUUUAAGUGGUGCACCGCAUUUAACAAGCUCAAAACCUUGUCAGUCAAUGAUUGGUGUGUGAAGCCUGAUUUUCGCCCACUACUUUACUUUCUCCAGCAGUCACCAAGUCUCGAGAAGCUCUGCCUCCAACUAUUUAUGCCAUAUCAAAAUGCUGAAGGAACAAACAGAAGCUACGAUACGACAAAACCAUUUUUAGCAUCGAAGUAUCUCAGGGAUGUCAAGAUCAAAUGCCAUGAAAAAGAUGAGCGUGUUCACAAAAUUGUGAAGGUUCUGAGUUCCUGUGGAGUGCCUGUUGAGCAAAUCGAGAUCAAGAUAAAUAGGCAUUCUUAAGACAAUUCAGAGGAGUCAAAACUAUUCACAUUCAGAUUCAGGGCAGUCAAAGUAUUCACGUUCAGAUUCAGAGCGAGAGCAAUCGGAUUAACAGUUGGAAUGUAGCCAUGAGUUCACUAUCUUGCUUCGCCAUAGGACCUUUAGUGAAAUUUCUAGUUGUCGAGUUGAGGCCUUUGUUUUGUGAUAUGGAUGCAAUUGGGAUAUGGAUGCAUAUGAGGCCAUGUUAUUUGCUUUAUACUUUUGGUUCAUGUGUCAUACGCCCUGUUAAUUUUCAGGAACAUGUUCUGCUCUUCUGCAUUGUGUUUAAUUUUUA